AUGCAGCGACUGUGCGUGUGUGCGCUGCUCCUGGCUCUGGCGCUGGCCACCUUCUCUGAAGCCUCUUGGAAGCCCCGCUCCCAGCUGCAGGAUGCACCCUCGGGCCCAGGCGCCAAGAGGGCCCUGGAGGCACGUUGGCUGGACCAGCUGGGCCCAGCCCCUCCCCACCAAAGGCAGCUGAGGUUCCAGGAUCCUCCACACCCUGUAGCAGACCUGUCCAAGAAGCAGGGGCCGUGGCUGGAGGAAGAAGAAGAAGCGUACGGAUGGAUGGACUUCGGCCGCCGCAGUGCUGAGGAAGGGGACCAAUAG